GUUUUAUCCCAUUUAUCCAUCUAGUGCCUAUGAAUUCUCAAGCUUCUAUGUCAGCCGUCAAGCGAACUUAUAAACCAGCCCGGCGCUUCCGUGUCCCACUGUCAUGUGACUCCUGCCGCACUAGAAAACUAAAAUGUAACCGUGAGAGACCCUGCCAGAACUGCACAGUACGACAGGAGCAGUCGGAUUGCAAGUACGAAAAUUCUAAAAAUGCAUAUCCUCUCACAGACCGCCGUGAUGAACAUAAAGAUAAAAUGCAGCAACGAAUAGAUCACUUGGAGGAUCUGGUGAAGAAAUUUAUAACAAAGAAUGAAAGAGUGCCGCCAUCUAGCAGCAAUACGGUUUACAGUUUCGAAAAUUCAAAAAAAGGGACCAAAUAUGCUAUCCCUGCCGUAGAGUCUGAUGUGUCAUAUAGUACCGAUACAACAGUAAUAGAUGAAGCGCAUUCCGUAUAUGGAGGUGCGAAUGAUUGGUAUGAUGUGUUGCAAGAGAUAAACAGCCUCAAGAGGAUCUGGAAUCAAACGCAGGAUGAUCAAGUGUAUUACCAAGACAUACACCCCAGUAUCUCGCACAAUGUUGACGGAUCGAGUCUACUCUUUGCUCAGGUCAAGCCGAUAGAAAAAAUGGAAAUUCUAUCAACUUUACCACCUAAAUCUGAAAUUGACAAAUUGAUAUGCCUUUUCUUUGAUCGCACGACAUUCCCUAUAUCAGUUCCUCCUAUUCUACAUGAGCCAACCUUCAUGCGCGAAUAUUCUACGCACUGGAAAGACCCUUCGGAGACAAGCAUUAUAUGGCUAGGUCUUCUUUUCUCUAUCCUUGGCAUCAAUAUGCUUGCUUAUCAUCGAUUUGGUGAACCACCGGAGUAUGAGGGAAUCUCAGAGUCACUUUUUCAACUGUACCGGAUGCGAACGGCUCAAUGUCUAUUAAUUGGUGACAUUGCCAAAUGCUUACCAUAUACACUAGAAACAUUGCGCUUCAACGCCACCGCAGAGCUCAAUCGUCGAGAGGAUAACAGCCGUGGUCUCUGGAUUAUGACAGGUGUCAUUGUUCGAGUAGCAAUAAAUAUGGGCUACCACCGAGAUCCUUUUCAAAAUUCCACGCGCUCCUCCAUCUCGGCUUUCCAUGCAGAGUAUCGUCGUCGAGUCUGGCUUUCCGUGAUAAGUAUGGAUAAUAUGGCCUCAUUCCUUGGCGGAUUUCCUCGCAUGAUUCCUGCCAUUUACACGGAUACUGCUGAACCGCGCAAUAUUUAUGACUGGGAGUUAUCCGACUGCCAUGAUAUCAAUCUUCUGCCGCCUUCAAGGCCGCUAACGGAGCCCACAGCCGUGACUUAUUUGAUUAUCAAGGGGCGUCUAUCACAGGCUCUAGGUCGCGUUGCUGACUUUAAUAGCAAUCCCCAGUUGACCUAUGACGCCGUUCUUGAUAUUGACAGCACUUUACGCGAGGUACAUCAAUGUAUACCAAACCACAUGAAAUUCAGCAGUGAUACAAUGAACUCGAUUAAAUCGUAUAACGAAGGAACUUACAUGGACUUUUCAAACUUGAAUCUCGAAGUCAUGUACCACAAGGGAAUGUGCACACUACAUCGGAAAUUUAUGGCUAAGGGUAGACAGGACCCUCGGCACAGCCUUUCCCGGAGUAGAUGUAUCUCCUCAGCUCUAGCUCUCAUUGGCUGCCAAAACUUGUUAGGGCCAUCGUGGUACCAGUUUGCGCAUGUUAGGCAAACAAUCACUCUCGCUGCCAUGGUACUGUUUCUAGAGCUAGAACUACGACGGCGAGGUUCAGCUAAUGUCGAUGUGUCUUCCCAUACCAGCUCCGCUUUAUUACAAGCGUUGGAAAAAUCUUGUGCUCUAUGGGAAACUACAAAGAGCUCCUGUAGUGAGGCUUGCAGGAUACAUAACAUUCUUUCCAGAAUGCUGUCAAGCUUCCAAACUGUUGAAGCUUUGUCGAAGAUCAGCGAUGCUGCUAGUAAUACUGAUAUUGGUCUAUCUCAGAAGAUAAUAACCCCGGAACCAUCUUUAGAGGAGUUUCCUGCAUCGAGGAAGGCUUCCUUACAGCUGAUAAAUGGUAUUGAUGGUAUUCCUUGGGAGAAGGAUUUCUUUGCGAUGCCGAACGAGAUGGAUUUUGAUUGGAAUACUUGGGAUUCAUUCAUCGAGGAAAUGAAUUUUGAAGAUAGAACCAUACUUUAAGGCUAUAUUCAGCAUCGCGAACCCACGCAUUCCUGCGAUGAAAGAAGACCAAAUGCCCACUUUUUUUUAGGAGGACUUAUGAGGGUCGCGAUUAUAAGCCUCCCUAACGUAAAGAAUUUUCCAGAAAUUUAUGCUCAAGUGUCGUAUUCCAAGCCCAUAUUUCCAGCAUUUGGGGCUUUCAUUGAGAGUUCAUUACUGAUUAGAUAAUAAUAUGACACCGCUUUUGCUUGAAUAAAAAAUGGCGAGCGAGUCCCUCUAUAACCGUCUUAUUUGGUUACUAAUUUAUUAUUUGCG